CACGAACUCUUCCUGCUGCCUCACAACCCUUUCUCCUUCAGUGCACCUCUCUCAGGGCCAUGAUGUCCCUUUCCUUCAGCCUGAUCUCUCUCUUGUGCGUCCUCUGUGGUGCUGCCGCCUUCGACCUCGACAGCUUCGCCCGCUUCGUGCCGACAGAGAGCAGCAGCAGCGAUGUGAAGCUGUCAUUCAGCCAUCAGCAGACCACUCAGCUGACCGACAGUGACGAGAGAGAGGCCACCUUUGUGAGCUCUCUCUUUCCCCUCUUCCCAGGCGAUGUUCUCAACACGUGAGGCACUCACACACAACAUCGCACCGCAAGGCUGCACUACAUGUUUGCUCUUGCUUGUAGGUAUCCCUUUGACGUGCCGAUUCCCUUCCCGCAACAGCCGAUGGCAAUUCGGUCUCUAUGGGGCGAAAUUGUCGACGAUGAGAACGUCAGCGUGCCCCUCGAUGAGGUAAUGCGUCAAGGCCACACCCACACACAUACACAAAUGCAGCUGAAGGUUUGUGUGUGUGUCUUCAGGUCUACACGCACCACUGGUUCCUGACCUACACGAUGCCCGGCGACGAUAGCAGAAACCUCACACGCGCAAUGACACGCGCACUCGCUGUGGGCGCCGAGUCCAGGGGUCAGUUACCACUGCACACACAGGCAGGAUUGUCCACUGCAUGCGCGGCCUGUUCGUUGCUCUGUCAGGCACGCCGAUAGUAUCGCUGAGCGCUCCUUUUGCCUUCACGACGACCGGUGAGGAGUCCUGGUGGCUCAACAUGCACCUGCUGAGGACCGACAAUGUGACCAAUGUGCCAGCCUGCAUUCAGGUGAUCACGACACAGACACACAACACACCAAUUGGCCAGGCAAUGCUGCUUGUUUGUGCCCUUCAGUGCCGCUGCGCCCCCGACGGCCGUCACGGGUCGCUCAGCUGCUGCCAAGACGGCACGCACUGCCACACAUCAUUCGACCCGUUCGUGACGGCCAGCGACUCUGACUUCUUUGACGACCCCGCCCACUGCCCAGACUGCAACUCCAACACAGAAGACAUCUUCGGGCCGCCGAUCCGCAACUUCAUCCCUCGCCCAGCCGCCAAGUACUACCGCGUCAGGUACACUGUCCGCUACGGCGAGGUCACCCCCGACGUCAAGCCGGUCCGCGCCAACAUGGGCAUCGACAUCGUCAAGGGCAAACAGGAGUACAACGUCUUCCCAUGCGCCCGCAAGGAGAGUGCGGCCCUUGCGCCUCUCGCAGCCAUGAAGCAGCGGCGCCUACUGCUCAGUGGGGAGGACAGCGAGUGUGUCGACACCAAGAGGGCGACGGUCGUCGUCAACCAGCCCUUCCAUCUGAUCAACGUCCGCUCACACCUGCAUGUGGGCGCCAUAAGUGCUUCUCUGGCCGGCGUGAGGGAGGAGUGGCAGUGCGACCUGCGGGCCAUCUAUGGCACCACGCCACGCAAGGCCGGCGACGAGCUGGGCUAUGUGACGGGCAUCACCCAGUGCUACUACGGUGAGGGCGAGAGGAUGCUGCAGAGGGGUGACUUACUGCGGGCGACGGUCCACUACAGGCGGGACAAGCACUACGCCGGCGUGAUGGGCGCUGUUCUGUUGGUGGGGUACUACCCCGGCGACACGGCGGCAUCGACGUCAUGGGAAUUCUCGGUCACGCAGGUGUCCUAUGUCAACGAGACGGACAGCGAUGUGCGUGUGUGAAUGUGUGAUUGUGUGAGGGGAGAGAUGUUAAGAUGAGAUUGAGUCGUGCCUGUGGGUGGGUAUGUCAAGCGGUCCACUGUGAUGACGGACUCGAACUCCACUUGAUGGCGUCGUGUCAUUCGCCACCGAGUGAGCUUUGUGGCCGUCGGCUCAGUGGAUCUCGUGACACGACCCACACACGCAAUGCGAUGGAUGCAUUUGAGAUGCGGGCCGGGCCGUUUUGCCGUUUUUGAUGCAUGUAUGUGUCUGUGUGUGUGUGUCCAGCGGUGUGGUGUUGGUGUGACUCAAAGAUGAGAUCAGUGUCAGUGGCAAUGUCGUCCAUUGGGUGCAUUCAUUGCAUCGAUGAGCUUCCUCAUUGGGAGGGGGAAGAUGCAGCGGGGCCGUGUAAGCCGUAUAAGCCAUCUUUUUCCGGAUCGUGUGUGCGUGGUGCAAUGAUUGAUGGAGUGUUGUGUUGUGUUGGUUGGGAGCGAGGGUCGCUAGCCUGGGUUUGUGGGCGCCAAGCGCAGUUAGCCGAGACGUCUAUCUAUGGGUAGGUAGCGGACUCGUCGACGUCUAUCUGAGUAGCGAUGUGCAUCACACUGACGGACUCGUCGACGUUGUCGUCAAUAGGACAGAUUGACCAAAUGCCCGUCCAUGUGUGUGUGAAAUUUUGUGUGUCAGGUGGGUUUGUCCUUUCCUCCUCGCUGCUGCACGUCGUCUUGUGUGUCGGUUCGUUCCGUCCCACAGACUUCGUGUGUGAGUGGGGGGUGGAGGGAUCCCAGAGGACACAGACGAGAGAGAGAAUGGCCGACACCCUUGUCAGUCAGCCUGACAGCCAGUCCACGGGUUACUCGGGACCCUUUCUGUGUGUGAUUGACGUGUGUCCUUUGUGUUAUCCUCUGAGUGCGGCUGCGUCCUUUGGUCGUGUUGUGUGUAUCGUGCCUCAUUACUGUGAUGGCUCAGUGGUGGGGCUCCGUACACAGACGCCGGCUGAAGGACGCACACGUGCGAGAGGGAUGACUGGUGCGAUGGACGACCAUAUCAAUAUCGG